CCUCCGCUCCGGUGCUCGGGUCACUGUGUGUGGGUUUGAAAGGCAAGACGAGAGGAACAAAACCCACCGACUCCAUCCACCGCCGUGGGUUCUUUUAAUUUAGCAUUUCCCUCUGUUUUUAAAACAACCUCUCUUCACAAUGAACAAAUUGUACAUCGGGAAUCUAAGCGACCACGCCGGACCCGCGGACCUGGAAAGUGUCUUCAAGGACGCUAAGAUCCCAGUGGCCGGCCCCUUCCUGGUGAAGACGGGCUACGCGUUCGUGGACUGCCCGGACGAGGGCUGGGCCCUCAAGGCCAUCGAGGCGCUUUCAGGUAAAAUGGAACUGCACGGGAAACCGAUGGAAGUUGAGCACUCGGUGCCCAAACGGCAGAGGAUUCGGAAACUUCAGAUACGAAAUAUCCCGCCCCACUUACAAUGGGAGGUGUUGGAUAGUUUACUAGUCCAGUAUGGAGUGGUGGAGAGCUGCGAGCAAGUGAACACGGACUCCGAAACUGCAGUUGUAAAUGUAACCUACUCCAGUAAGGACCAAGCUAGACAAGCUUUAGACAAACUGAACGGAUUCCAGUUAGAGAACUUCACCUUGAAGGUCGCCUACAUCCCUGAUGAAACAGCCGCCCAGCAAAAUCCCUCACUGCAGCUCCGAGGGCGCCGGGGGCCAGGGCAGCGGGGCUCAUCCAGGCAGGCGUCUCCAGGAUCAGUAUCCAAGCCGAAACCCUGUGACCUGCCUCUGCGUCUGCUGGUUCCCACCCAGUUUGUUGGAGCCAUUAUAGGAAAAGAAGGUGCCACCAUUCGGAACAUCACCAAGCAGACCCAGUCUAAAAUUGAUGUCCAUCGGAAGGAAAAUACAGGGGCUGCCGAGAAACCCAUUACUAUCCUCUCUACUCCUGAAGGUGCCUCUGCAGCUUGUAAGUCGAUUCUGGAGAUUAUGCAUAAGGAAGCGCAAGAUACCAAACUCACAGAGGAGAUCCCCCUGAAGAUAUUAGCUCACAAUAACUUUGUAGGCCGUCUUAUUGGUAAAGAAGGAAGAAACCUUAAAAAAAUUGAACAAGACACAGACACUAAAAUCACAAUAUCUCCGUUGCAGGAACUGACGCUGUACAACCUGGAGCGCACCAUUACAGUCAAAGGCAGUGUUGAGACGUGUGCCAAGGCCGAGGAGGAGAUCAUGAAGAAAAUCAGGGAGUCUUACGAAAAUGACAUUGCUUCCAUGAAUCUUCAAGCACAUUUAAUCCCUGGAUUAAAUCUGAAUGCCUUGGGUCUGUUCCCACCCACUUCAGGGAUGCCACCUCCCACCUCAGGGCCCCCUUCAACCAUGACUCCUCCCUACCCACAAUUUGAGCAGUCGGAAACGGAGACUGUGCACCUGUUUAUUCCUGCUCUGUCAGUUGGCGCCAUCAUUGGCAAGCAGGGCCAGCACAUCAAACAGCUUUCUCGUUUUGCAGGAGCUUCGAUUAAGAUCGCUCCAGCCGAAGCACCGGAUGCUAAAGUGAGGAUGGUGAUUAUUACUGGACCACCAGAAGCUCAGUUCAAGGCUCAGGGAAGAAUUUACGGAAAAAUUAAAGAAGAAAACUUCGUUAGUCCUAAAGAAGAGGUGAAACUUGAAGCUCACAUCAGAGUGCCAUCAUUUGCUGCUGGCAGAGUUAUUGGGAAAGGAGGCAAAACGGUGAAUGAACUCCAGAAUUUAUCAAGUGCUGAAGUUGUUGUCCCCCGUGACCAGACACCUGACGAGAAUAACCAAGUAGUUGUCAAAAUAACUGGCCAUUUCUAUGCUUGCCAGGUUGCCCAGAGGAAAAUUCAGGAAAUUCUGAACCAGGUGAAACAGCAGCAGCAGCAAAAGGCCCUACAGAGUGGACCCCCUCAGUCAAGGCGGAAGUAAGGGCUCAGGAGACAGCCACCACAGAGGCAGAUGUCAAACCAAAGACAGAUUUGCUUAACCAACAGACGGGUCUGACCCAUCCAGAAUCACAUGCACGAGUAUUUCCCUAGCCCGUUGUUUCUGAGGACCAGGCAACUUGAACUCCUGUCUCUGUGAGAAUGUAAAUUUUAUGCUCUCUGAAAUAUAUGACACCCAGCUUUAAAAAAAGAAAAGGAAAAAAAAGGUGGGGAUGGGGAAAGAACUCCGCACUUCCCUUGUGAUAUCAAAGUAUAACAGAUGUGCUAAUUUUAACAUCCUCCAUAAUGCCAGAAGUUGGCAUAAAUGGUACAUUCAUUAAAUUCAUCAAAUAAAUUAGAAAAAAUAGAUCGUUCCUAAGUCCAAUUGUUGAAAUUGGACCGCAGUAGAAUUACCACAGGAACAUGCUGUUAAGCCACUAGAGUAGAAGUAUUUCCUGUUUCUCUAACACUAACGUGGAUAACCGAAGGGAAGUGCCGACCGCUCUUGCGGGGUAUUAGACGUGCAUUUUUACUCAACUACCUCAGGUAUUCAGUAAUGCAGUUAAAAGCAAAAUUAUUCCUUUUUUGAAAAUUUUAUAUACUUUAUAAAGAAACUCCAACCAUUUUUUAAAAAAAAAAUAAAAAUUUAACAGUUAUCAGGUGAUAGGCAAAUAAUUGAGAAAGGAAUUUUACGUCUGGCUGAUGACAAUAAAGGUGGAAAAUUAAUUUUGCAUUUUUUGAGCCAUUUGACAGUAGUUGGAAAGAGAAGGAAUAGUGCCUACUCUCGGAGAGCAGCGGUACCAUGUAUCCCUUGUUUGUAGCUGGGAGGGUCAAUGGCACUCACAGCAGAGCGGUGGCGGGUUUCGGGACGGCUAGUGUAAAGAGCUUCAGAAGACUUGGUUUGUUUGGCUAUGUGCGUGAAUGCCUAAGUGCUUUGUCACUGUGCUACCGAUGAAGCGUAUCACUGCAGAAGUGCAGAACUUAAACACAAUCAGCUUGUGAACACACUUGAGAUCAAGCAAUACUGUGAGCAGACACCUAAAGAAUGGCUUUGUGGAGACCAGGGGAGUCAGAGGCCUGACGGUGAAGGCGACAGAAAGCGAUCUCCUGGCGCUGUUGUGGGCCUAGACUAUUUGGAAGGAAGUCCGCCGAAACUAUUACACAGGAUGCGGCAGGGUCUGUUUGCCCUGCUCACCUGGCAGCAAACGGUUUUGGGAAAAUGAUUGCCGAAACACUCGACUAUUGAAGCAAGCCUUUGCCCUUCCCCUCACUUGUGUGGAGACUUGUGGGCGGUCCUCAAGGCCAUGCUGCUCUCUGAAUGCUUUUGUUACUUUGCUCAUAAGGUGGUUACAGCCAUACCACACUGGCCUUGAGGGCAUUAUGUAACCUUUCAAAAAAUCAUUUUGCCUCAUUUAUAUUUUAGAUUAACUUCUACAUGCUUUCAAGUUUCUCUGAACUUCAGCAUUAUUUAGACAUUAUGAAAAUGAGUUGAAAUGUCCAACAUUUUCAUAAAACCAGCUUAUUUUGUAGUUUUAACCAAAAAAUGCCCCCUUUUUACAAUUGAAUUCAUAUUUCUUUCAUACAAUGGAUUUAAACUGCUUUAAAAAAAAUGUGACCUGUUCCCCUGCUUGGAUUUCAGGGGAGAUGUGUUUAAGGCCAGAACUCUUCCUCAAUAUUUGGUUUUUCCAGUGUUUGUUUUUUUUUAACUGACAGGUGCUCCAUUUAUAUCUGCUGGUCUGUCUCACUUCUGCCAUGUCUCACGUCUAGCCUUUCAGUGCAGCAAACCAUGCUUCACUUUCACUUAGGCAUUGGUAGUCUGGAGUACCUGGUGCUAGAGGAAUCUAUAAUUGAGUUUUGUAUUCGCCAUAUAUGGAUCAUUCCUCAUCUAUAAUGUGCCCCAGAUGCAGCUUCGUUUUCCAGGUACCUUGGUGCAGAAUAAAGUUUUCAUCAUAA